UAUCCUUUACUUCAGGUGGCUGCGUUACACUGUGCUUCAGAAUUAGCCGUCAGUUCUAUUCCAAACGGCCCUCAACUGCGGGAUCUUCCCGGACUACUGGUGACUGCUCUCUCACAGGGGCAAAAUGCUGUGGUUCGUGUGCGUGCCAUACAAGAGAUUUGCUCACGUGGGACCAAACUGCGCCAAUUCCGCGCUUCUACAGUGUCGGACAACCCACAAACAUCUGCGGAACCCGCUGUUUCUGGAUCUGCCAUCACUUUACUAUUGUCUCACUUACCCAGUUUGGUUACCGGAGUGGUCGAUUGUUUGUCACAAUUCGGUGAACCCGUGCUCACAGAUGGCCUAGAUGCUUUGUGUGGGUUGCUCCGGAUCGAUCCGCAAGGCUUCACGUGUUCCGCUCGUACCCAGGUCACUUCAAUCCUAGUCGAAUUGUUCAAGCACUGUUUCGGUGUGGCCGGAACAUUCUCACUUUAUCUAGAUGUUCUACGCACGGUGUGCCAGGCCGCUCCUGAUCAAUCCAAUGAGGCUAUCGAACAAGCAUUUAUGCCUACUUUACUCGCGUGUUUGGAACAACCGGAUACAGUGGACACAGUUGCCAUCGAGGUAGACUUUCUCUCUAUCGGGAUGGAUGUUUCAUUUAAACACUAUUGUCUGUCUGCAUUUAACCAAUUUUUUUUCCAGUACUUUUUCCAUUUGUGUUGUCGAUUAUGUAAUCUUAUAAGGUGGGUUGUGAGCGGUACGGUUCGAGUAAGCAGAAAGAUGCUAUUGAUGGUUUCUCACAUGGAUAAAAAUCUAACAAUACUGUCUGGGGCGCGCAAGUACACAUUUAAUGACAGACCGUUCCAUCUAAUAACUUACUUGCUUCUGGUAAUUAUCAUUGACCUGUUCCAGGUGAGACGUUUUGUUCUAUGCAAUCCAACUGACCGGUACCCCUAUCGUUGUACCUAA